AUGGGUGACCUUGUGUAUUUAAAGGUAUCACCAAUGAAGGGAGUGGUGCGGUUUGGCCAGAAAAGGAAACUGAGCCCAAGAUUUGUAGGCCCUUUUGAAGUUAAAGAAGUUGUUGGCCCUGUGGCAUACAAAGUUGAGCUACUGCCAGCCUUAUCCAGAAUUCACAACGCUUUCCAUGUAUCAACAUUAAGGAAACAUGUUCAUGACCCGCGACAUAUUGUGGAUUUUGAACCACUUCAAGUACAAGACGACCUCAGGUAUGAGGAACUGGCAGUUCAAAUUCUUGAUCGCAAGGAACAACAAUUAAGGACCAAAACUAUACCUUUAGUUAAAGUCCUUUGGCGAAACCAUAAUGUUGAGGAAGCAUCUUAG